UAUAUAAAUCACUGACAAAAGAAAAAAGAACAGGAGGAGAAGCAGACGGGGUCAAAACGAGCUGAAGCUCUCUUUUCUGCUGUACAGAAUUGAGGGUUGGAGCAGUUUCCUCAACCACAUAGCAGGAUCAGAGGACUUCUGAAUAUUAAUUUCUCUCUCAGCAAUGGCUCUCCUGCACAGUGUCCUCUCUCCGGUCCUCAGCUGGACAUGUCUCUGUUCACUAAUGUACAUAUUCAGUACUGGACUGGUUGCUGCGGUUGCAGUUUUGACUGUGAGGAAAGUCUGGUACUCUCACAGGCUGUCAUGCUUCAGCAAACCACCGGCAAACUCAUGGCUGUUGGGCCAUCUGGGGCAGAUACGGGGCAGAGAAGAAGGUUUCCAGCUGAUGGAUGACAUGGUGAAGACAUACAAACACUCCUGCUCCUGGGUCCUUGGUCCUUUCUAUCACCUGGUCAGACUCUUCCACCCUGACUAUAUCAAACCUCUGUUAAUGGCACCUGCCAGCAUGACGGUGAAAAAUGGGCUCAUUUAUAACCACCUACAGCCUUGGCUGGGACGCAGUGUGCUGAUCAGUAAUGGCGAGGUGUGGUCUCGCAAAAGACGACUGCUGACUCCAGCUUUUCAUUUUGAUAUUUUGAAGAGCUACAUUACCAUAUUUAACUCCUCGUCUAAAAUCAUGCAUGACAAGUGGUGCCGACUUGUAGCAGAAGGCAAAACUAAUCUGGAAAUGUUUGACCACGUCAGUCUGAUGACUCUGGACAGUUUACUGAAAUGUGCCUUCAGCUACAACAGCAACUGUCAGGAGUCUUCCAGUGAGUACGUGUCAGCCAUAGUGCAGCUCUGUGACCUGGUAGGACAGCGGCACCACAACAUUUUACAUCAUUGGGACUGGAUUUACUGGAAGACUCAGCAGGGGAAACUGUUCAAACAAACCUUAAAUAUUGUACACAGAUUCAGCAGGGAUGUGGUUCAGAAGCGACGUGCCCUUCUGAAAGCACAGAGGGAGAUAGUGACACAAUGUGAAGUUGCCCCGACAUCACAGAGGAGGAAAGACUUUGUGGACAUUCUGCUGCUGACAAGGGACGAAGAUGGACAAGGCCUAACAGAUGAGGAGAUACAAGCUGAAGCCAACACCUUCAUGUUUGCAGGUCAUGACACAACAGCCAGUGCCAUCUGCUGGACGCUGUAUAAUUUAGCACGCCAUGAACACUAUCAGGAAAAAUGCAGACAGGAAGUGAUGGACCUGUUGGAGGGACGAGAUGAAAUCCAGUGGGAGGACCUGUCCAACCUUCCCUUCACCACCAUGUGCAUCAAAGAGAGCCUCAGACUCCACUCUCCUGUGCAGGCUGUAUCACGGAGUUACUCUCAGGACAUGUUGCUGCCAGGAAAUCGAACAGUCCCAGCGGGUACAGUCUGCCUGGUCAGCAUUUAUGGAACACACCACAACCCUAUUGUUUGGACAAACCCACAUGAGUUUGAUCCCCAUCGAUUUGACCCAGGCAACAAAAUGAACCAAGCUUCUCAUGCCUUCAUCCCCUUCUCCUCAGGCCCCAGGAACUGCAUUGGUCAGAAAUUCGCCAUGACAGAGCUUCAAGUUGUAGUGGCCCUGACCCUUCUCAGGUUUCGACUGACCCCAGGGGUGAACCCUGAACUCGGGAGCAGCAGAGUUCGCCGUCUUCCCCAAAUCGUCCUGCGUGCAGAGGGAGGCCUGUGGCUGCAGCUGGAGCCUCUGAACACAGACUGAACAAACAGUCAGAGGAAUGAUCCAUAAGAUAAUACUUGAACUUCAUUUUUAAUAAAGUGUUAGGAAAAGUUCAGCAGCUAGAAAGUGAGACUUGACAUUGACAUUAAAACUACAGCAGACCUGUGAAAGAAUUUUGUUUGAAUUUUGUUAUUGUGCUUUAAGGAAAAAGGAAAAGCUUUCUCUUUAUGGGGCAAAUGUGCACAGAUAGUCUUCAGUGCUCCCAAUUCCAGUUUUAUAAAGUGUAAAAUGCAAAUACUUAUUCUUCCUGAAAACUUGAGAAAGUUUCGUCUGCUAUAUUCCAUUGGAUUUAUUCAAAUUCUGUGUUGCUAUUUCCAGAAUAACUUCAUGAAAACAUAAUGAGCCACAUAAUUAUCACUUGAUUCAUUAUGAGUCUUUCGAGUUUAAAAGGUGUACAGGUUUUCCAUUGUCAUAAUUUAUCACCCUGAUUAUGUGAUCAACACAGUUCUUGCUUUGCUUGUCCUCAUGCAUGAAUUCAUCUGAUUUUGCCAUUGCAGAAUUUAUAUCUAUUAGAAAUAAAGGAUGAAUAGGCUGCUGCUCUGGA